AUGGCAUCUGGGUCUGAGUCUCCGAAGGAAAAGCCCACAGAUCCUGAGUCUGAGUCUCCGAAGCAAAAUCCCUCAGGUCCUGGGUCUGAGUCUCCGAAGCAAAAGCCCACAAGUUCUGGAUCUGAGUCUCCGAAGCAAAAGCCCACAUGUUCUGGGUCUGAGUCUCCGAAGCAAAAGCCCACAGGUCAUGGGUCUGAGUCUCCGAAGCAAAAGCCCACAGGUUCUGGGUCUGAGUCUCCGAAGCAAAAGCCCACAGGUCAUGGGUCUGAGUCUCCGAAGCAAAAGCCCACAGGUUCUGGGUCUGAGUCUCCGAACCAAACGCCCACAGGUUCUGGGUCUGAGUCUCCGAAGCAAAAGCCCACAGGUUCUGGGUCUGAGUCUCCGAAGCAAAAGCCCACAGGUUCUGGUUCUCAGUCUCUGAAUCGAAGGCCCGCAGGUCCUGGACCUCAGUUUCUGAAUCGAAGGCCCACAGGUCCUGGAUCUCAGUCUCUGAAUCGAAGGCCCACAGGUCCUGGAUCUCUGAAUCCAAGGCCCAGAGGUCCUGGAUCUCUGAAUCUAAGGCCCACAGGUCCUGGAUCUCUGAAUCAAAGGCCCACAGGUCCUGGAUCUCUGAACCGAAUGCCCAGAGGUCCUGGAUCUCUGAAUCCAAGGCCCAGAGGUCCUGGAUCUCCGAAUCUAAGGCCCAGAGGUCCUGGAUCUCCGAAUCUAAGGCCCAGAGGUCCUGGAUCUCCGAAUCUAAGACCCAGAGGUCCUGGAUCUCCAAAUCUAAGGCCCACAGGUCCUGGAUCUCCGAAUCUAAGGCCCACAGGUCCUGGAUCUCUAAAUCUAAGGCCCAGAGGUCCUGGAUCUCUGAACCGAAUGCCCAGAGGUCCUGGGUCUGAGUCAUGGAAGCGAAAGCCCACAGGUCCUGGCUCUGAGCCUCGGAAGCGCAAGCCCACAGGUCCGCCAGGUCCGCAGAAUUAUAACGACGCCGUGUGGAAAUUCACGAAAGGAACGGUCGACAAAAAGUUGGAGAAGUCUGAACCUUAUAGAAUAUUUAUGUCUCCGAUAUCCUGUGAUCCAGAAACACACACUGAAGAAUCAACACUGUCAUUUGCAGAGCUCUUGGACAAAAGUCUCGGUGAUUUGACCGAAUCACUUCACUUAAACUUCAUGGUCGAGCUCGGCUGGCUCUUUGCUCAAUAUUUCAUAACUGAUCAAAAGGGGAAAAAAAUGACACUUUUAUAUGAACGUUGUAAUGAAGAUAUAGACGAGUUACAUAAAGAGAAAAAAUUACUAAAUGUUAGACAUAAAAAAAUUAUUAAUAAAAAUGCUUUUGGUCAUCAACAUAGUAAAUUAUCAAUGUUUGCUUAUGCUGAUGGUAGUUUACGGGUAGUUGUUAUGUCGGCAAAUUUGUGUGAAGAUGAUUGGACCAGAUAUGCUCAAGGGAUUUGGGUGAGCCAAACAUUUCCAUUGAAAGAGAAGGAUGAUAAGUCAGAUGGUAAUUCUAAAACUGAUUUUAAAAUAGAUAUUUUGCGAUAUUUAAAUUCUUUUAGAGAACCAAUAUUAGUUCCUUGGAUACAAAAAAUUGAAAAAGUCGAUUUCAGUCAAGCAAAUGUGUUUUUCAUACCUAGUGUUCCAGGGAAGCACACAGAACCACUGUGGGGACAUUUAUAUUUAAAAAAUAUUUUGAAAAAGCAUGCUUGUCUACCAUUUGGUAAACCAUCAGAAUGGCCAAUAAUAGCUCAAUGUUCUUCUUUGGGGUCUUUGGGUACCACGGAUGAAGAAUGGUUGAAAUCAGAGUUUGUCGAAAGUCUAUCUGCUUCUACCUAUUGUGGUGAUGCUGAUACAGACGAUAAUCCUAUUCCCUUCAACUUGAUCUUCCCAUCCGUGAACAAUGUUUUGAAUAGUUGGGAUGGAGCUUUAGGUGGUAUCUGUUUGCCUUACAAUAAGAUUUUACAUGAAAAACAAUUGUGGCUUAAAAAAUACAUGUGCUUAUGGCAGUGUCAUUCACGAAAGCGAACAAAGGCCAUGCCUCAUAUAAAAACCUAUUGCAGAAUGUCAUCAUGUUUGACAAAAAUGUCUUGGUUUUAUUUGGGUAGCUCUAAUUUAUCAAAAGCUGCUUGGGGCAGAAAACUUAAGUCUGAUGAACAAAGUAACUUCAUAAUGGCACACGAGGCUGGAGUUUUGUUCUUACCUCAAUUUUUGAUUGAAUCAGAUACAUUUUCAAUAGAUGAAACCAAACCAAAUAAAUUCCCGUGUUUUAGUUUACCUUUUGACUUGCCAUUAUCAGGAUACUCGGACACUGACCAACCUUGGACUAUAAGUACUAGUUAA